UUUUUUACACCACCACCACGACCACCGCCACCACAGCAACAACCGUUGUACGCUUAAACUACUGCUUGGUGCCUAUUUUAACCACCUUGGAAGGAGGCUGAUGAUUGUGAUGAUGGGAUGGGCGCAGCUGGCCGGUGGCAAGCUCCACAUUUCACUCUGAUGGGGUGGUGUAGGGUCAGUCUGUGCGUAGGACAGCCAUUAUUGACAAUCACAAGUUAGUACCUGGUUUAUUGAUGGAAGGAUGAUGAUGGUGAUGAUGGGAUGGUCGCAGCUGACAGUGGUGGCAGCUCCACAUUUCACUCUGAUGGGUGCAGGGAUCAGCCUCUCCACAAAACAACCAUUGACGGUCAAAUUAGUACCUGGUUUAAAGACGGAAGGAUGAUGGUAGGAUGGUCGCAUCUGACAAUGGUGGCAACUCCACAUUUCACUUUUGGUGGUGGGGGAAUCAGUUUCUGCAUAAGACAACCAUUAUCGAUAACCACAAAUUAGUACUUAAUUUAUAGAUGUGAGGAUGAUGGUGAUGAUAGGCAGUCAGUCCCCAUAUUCACCGUCAUUGGUGGAAAUGGCAUAUUUGCACGGCGGUUAUUAUCCGCAAUAGGACAAUCACAGGCUUAACCACGAACGGAUCCGUAUUUGAUUGCCCUUAGGUGACGUUAACGAUUAUGGGCUGUGUCUUAUUUCGUGAACAGCGUUUUUUGGAAGUGGAAUGUUUAAUGGAAAAACGACGCACCGAGUCUCAGCUCGGACACCGCAAAUUGCCAUUUUCACUCUGCCUGUCUGAAAAAGAGCGAAAUAGCUCAGUGGGCGCUGUGUGACCUGGCAAAACGAAACGUUUAUAGUUGACUUAUUUUGUUCUCGCGUGUACAUUUGCGAGUGCAGGCAAUCACGAAUGCCCCGCGAUCACACGUUAGCAAGCUAUUUCGGAACAACGCUCUUGUGAGGCUGUUGCAAAACUGUCUCGGACUCGAGGAUCGGGGAUGCUGACCAUCUGCGGGUAACUGGGUUCCAGGUCUUCUGGUCGGAGGGGCCCCCGGUGAAACUCCACCGGCCGUAUCCGCUGCAAGAGAAUAAUAUGGCGUGCGCGGCGGUGCUGGCCGUGGAUCCGGACCCGCGCGGGGACUUCCCGGCGUGGCUGGCGACGCGCGGCAUGAAGCCCACGUUCGCCGACGCCAUGGAGCGCGAGCUGGGCAUCAGCGACUACGAGGAGCUGCUGGCGUGCGCCGAGGACGCGCAGGUGACGGCCGAGCUGCUGGGCGCCGCCCGCGACCGCCUGCCCUUCGCCUUCUACGCCGUGCUGCGCCGCCUCGUCAGGGCCGUGAGCCCGCUUGGCGGCGCCGAGGGCCACGGAACGCCGACGGCGGCGGCGGUGGCGGCGCGGCAGCAGCCGGAGUUGGCGCCGCUGCUCGACGCAAUCGUGGCGACGCUCGACCGGCUCGGCAAGGAGCUGCUCCGCUCGGCGGAGAAGUUUGUCUCCCUCGAAUCGGUGCUGUGCCCGCGCUCGCCCGCCAACAUGUGCCACUCGGACGGCGGCGACGAGCCGGCGCGCUACGCGGGAGACUCCGCGCCGCAGGGCGAAGAUCGCGACUUCGCGGAGGGCAUCGCCGCUGGACGACCACUCAAGGUGGAGCCUGCCGAGGCCGAGGAGCUCUACGAUGAGCAGGUGGACACCGCCAUCCCCUCGGAGAACAACUGUGACGUGGCACGCGAGGAGCAUGCGACCACCCUUCAGCACCAGCACACCGACGCUGGCAGCCGUGCAGAAGCGUACUCCUCCGAGGACCCCGACCUCCACCCGCACCCCAUGCACACGUGGGACGAGCAGGAGGCGCGGCUGCAGCGUCUCGCCGACUGGACCCGCUCGGACAAAAUCUUCUACAGCAUCGGCGGCGUGCGAGCCUUCCACGGCCGCCCCUUCGUCCAGGCGGCGCCGCCGCCGCCGCCGCUGCCGCCGACGACGAUAGCCAUGGCCAACACCACCAACAGCCCGCGACGGCUGAUCCCGCCGCGGCCGUCGCACCCGCCGGGGGAAGGCGGCGGAGCGGCGACGGACGCGGCGGCGGUGGCGGCGGUGAUGGCAGGGGCGUCCCGGCUGCACCGCUGCGACUUCUGCGGACGCGACUUCAAGACGCGGCAGUACCUGUGCAAGCACCGGCGCACGCACACGGGCGAGAAGCCGCACAACUGCGAGGUGUGCGGCAAGGCCUUCUCGGACCUCAGCAACCUGGUGCGGCACCGCAGCAUGCACACGGGGCAGAAGCCGUUCGAGUGCGAGCUGUGCGGCCUCGCCUUUCGCCUCAAGCACCACCUCACCGACCACCGGCGCACGCACUGGCGCAAGGUGGCGGCCACCCUCGGGUUCACGCCCGGCGCGAGGGGUCGCGGCGGCGGCGACGGCGGCGGCGGCGACUGACAGUGAGGAGAUGGCGGCGUGGCGGAGACGUGCGGGAAGUGUGGGGAUGCAGAGACGUGCGUGGAGAUACGAGGGAGACGUGGAAACACGGGCCGUGUGGAGUCUUGGGCCAUCGAGGGGGCGGGGGGGAGACGCGGCGGACGGUGGAGACGCGGGAACGUGUGGCUCCGUAUAACCCAGUUCCAGAAUCCAGGCUGCACCCAGGGCCAAGGCUCCACAGGGGCAUCACCCAUCUCGUUUGCUACUGCAUGGUGUGUCCGUGAACGAUCGGGAGUCGCAUGUACAGUGUUGCAGUGGGAAUGUACACUUGCUUAUGUAUGUGUGCGUGUGUUUUGAGUGCGCGUGUGGAGCGGUAGUGUAGUGGGUAGUGCACAUAGCUACUAACCUGGCAGCCUCGAGUUAAAUUCCCGGCCGCGGUCAAACACCACGUUCUUGGGAACGUGCUCGGCGCGGCGGCGUGAUCUGGAAAGGGCCGCCUGGCGACGUCUCGUGGGGACCGCUACUCUCCGGCCAGGGGCAAGCGACUGGUGACGAUGAUGAUGAUGAGUUAACACUGGUGGCAAGUGAUACCUGCACUGGUACUUGGCCUCCCACAGAUCAACUCUGCAUUCAGUGAGCACUUAGGAGACAAAGCGGGCCAGGCGUUGGUUCUGGCCACACCGCCGCACCUUGCGCCAUGUAGAGCUUAUUCGGUGCUUGCAUUACCGCGCUUCCUCCAACAGUCUAUGGGGCUUGACAGGGCUCUUUGUGAGUGUGUGGGUUUGUGGGUGUUACACUGGCACGUGUUUGCUGCUUGGCCAAAGCAAGCCGUGUGAAAAUAUCUUGAAAGCAAGAGGCAUUUGUCCUCAUUAAAAGGUGUGACACUUCUAGGUAAAUAUUUAAAUUACUUGUCAUUAUUUCAAUUGUUAUUAUUUGGAGAUACAGUAAAACCUUGGAUUGCGAGCGUGAUUCGUUCCGGAAACGUGUUUGUAAUCCAAAGCACUCGUGUAUCAGUUGUGAUCACGUGACACUCGGCAGACAAAGCGUCUACGUUCGCUACUCACAUUGCAAGACCUCGCUCGUUUAUCAAAUGUAUAGUAAUUUAAUUUGUUUUAUCCGAGAAGGUGUCACAAAGUCUUAAUAAUUAUGUACUUUACAUCUUGCAUGGGAUGUUUGGCCAAUUAAUGUUUUGAGUGUUUUUAUUUUUGCAUGUGGAAGGGCCCAGAGAAAACCCGCAGCACAUACGAAGGGAGAAAUGCUCCCCAAACUCCCCCCAACGCGCUCGGCUUUGUCACACUGCCAUUUUCUCUACUACCUCUUUUUGCCGUUGUCAUUUUCACGAAAAAGUUUUCCCAAUUGUGCUAUCGUUAUCUUAAAGUCUACUGACGGAUCGUUCGCAGAGCGCGAAGUGGAGUAUGUUCCACACAUUGUUAUCUCCAGUAGUAGCCAAUGUUUUCACGGAAAAAUUUGAGACAGAUGCCAUCCAGACAUCCAUCCUACAUCCUUGUGGAAGAGAUACGUAGAUGACACGUUCGUCAUCUGGCCACAUGGCCUGCCAGCUCUGAACCAAUUCUUCAACCACAUCACUUCUAAAGUCCCAGCCAUCGAAUUCACCAUGGAGGUGGAAAAGGAUGGCAAGUUACCAUUCUUGGAUGUUUUAAUCUAAAAGAGACCAGAUGGCUCAUUGGGACACACUGUCUACAGGUAAGCCACCCACACGGAUGCCUAUCUGAAACCUGACUCCCACCACCAUCGCUCAUCAAAUCUCUACACCAUAGGGCACGUUGCAUUUCCGACCAUCACCACCUAGCCAGUGAACUGGAGCACGUACACCAAGCCCUCGAGAUGAAUGGAUAUUCGGAUUGCACAAUCCGUAAAGCUGUCAUCCCAACCGUUGGGAGAGAACCACCUGAGGAUCCAAUCAAAACCAUCACCUUGCCAUACAUAGCAGGGGU